AUGAGUAUUCACCAUAUCAACCAGUCUCAUCAUCCCCAUGAAACAAUUAUUCCAGAGCCCAUCUUCCUAUAGUUUUCCGAAUCAUCCGUCAAGUCUUUCCAUUACCCUCUCCUUGUCCAAAAUCUUCAUCCAAUGUAAGCUUUUGGUUUGAAUGAACUGUAUUUUUGUGUAUGCACUUAUGCCUCUGCAAGAUGAAUCUUGUUAUUGAAACAAUUGUUGCCUCUUUGCUUGCCAGCCUCUUCUUCUACUAUCUGCCAAAUAAUAACCUUUCAUCUCGAUCUUUUGCCAACAAUUUCAUCUCCUUCACUCUCCUCCAUGAGUUCUAGCUAUUAUCCAAGCUGGAACACUUGAACUCUGUAGUACUUGACUACUUGAACCCGAAGAAGAAACUGAAGUACAUACAGGUGCGGAGGUCGUACUACUUGAAAAACAAUCUUCUGAAAGUUAUUUCGUAACUUGUUUUUCUCAAGAUCUUUUGGAAUGGCUGAUCUAGCCGUUUCUGUAGCAAUAUUAUUAGUUGAGAAGGUGAUAAGCUCUUUGGACCAAAAGAUCACUAGUAAUGUCCAUGGUGAUGUUGAAAAGGCCUGGAAAUGUUUGAGGAGGAUGCAAGCCUAUCUAAGGGACUCGGAAGAGAUUGACGUAGGUAGUCAAAUGUUUCAAAAUCGUGUCAAAGAGGUCCAAAGUUUAGCUUAUGAAAUUGAGGAUGCUAUUGAUAAGUUUAUGGUUCAGAUUCCACAUCACUUCCACAGCAAUAUGUUCUCUGAGGCGAUUCACGACAUUGCCUACUUUUUCACAGAAAGAAGAGCAAUAAGUGAGUUCUCCUCAAAAAUUAAAGAUAUUGAAACGAGAGUUGGUAGCUUUUCAGCCUUGGAUUCACUACUUCUUGAGCCAACAAGUUCUAGCACAAGAACAGAAGAAAACCUGACCCACCAAGUUCUCGAGGAAGAUGAGGUAGUGGGCUUUGAAGAGCGUAAAGGAACACUCCUCAAACAGUUGACAGAAGCAAAUUCAAAGCUCUUGACGAUUUUGAUUGUAGGUCCAGGCGGCUCCGGCAAAACCACAAUCGUGAAGAAUGUUUAUGACAGUAAACUGGUACAAGGAUUUUUUGAUUGCCAUUCUUGGAUUGAUGUGUCACGUCCUCCUAAACUUGGAAAGCUCUUGCGUAAUAUGUUAAUCGAUUUCAGACUGAAAAAGAAUAACAGCGCUUGGAGUAAAUAUGAAGCUGUUAGACAGAUUGUUCCAAGAGCGGGCAUGAGACUAUUUCCGCAGCAAAAACUGAAAAGACAAAAACCAGUUCAUGAUGAAGAAGAAGAAGAAGAAGAAGAAGAAGAAGAAGAAGAAGAAGAAGAAGAAGAAGAAGAAGAAGCAGCUGAAAAUCCAAAAGCAGAAUUGAAUAAUUUUCUGAAAGCUAAGAGGUUUCUGCUUGUGUUAGAUAAUGUUUGGAGAGUACAAGAUCUGGAAUCCAUUGUAAAUGCUCUACCAAAAGGAUUGCCUGGGAGUAAAAUAAUCAUAACUACACGGAAGUCUGAUGUAGCUCCGGUUGCCACAUAUAUCCAUGAUUUGAGUUGUGGUUUGUCAUGGAAAUAUGCCUGGUAUCUGUUCUGCAAGAAGGCUUUUCAAAGUAGUGACGAAAAUUGUCCGCGCGAGCUCGAGCACUGGGCUAAAAAAAUCCUGAAGAAGUGUGAAGGCUUGCCCCUUGCUAUUUCAGCUGUUGGUACUUUGCUCUGGAAGAAGCCACAAACUCCAGUUGAGUGGAAGAAGUUACAUGAAAGCCUUGGAUCUGAAAUUAGACCCGAUUCUAGUCUUUCUGUUAUUAGCCGCAUUUUGCAGCCCAGUUAUAUGGAUCUUCCAAGCCAUCUGAAAACUUGUUUCUUAUACUUUGGCAUGUUUCCAGAAGACUAUUUAAUCAGUCGCGAGAAGCUGACUCGGUUGUGGUUAGCCGAAGGGUUUGUGAUGCCAGGAAGAGGAAAAACAAUGGAGGAAGUUGCAGAGAGUUAUCUCAAUGAACUCAUUGCAAGAAACUUGGUUAAUGCCACCAGAAGAGAGAUAGAUGGUCGAGUGAGGAGUUGUCGUGUUUUAAGCCUUGUCAGAGAGUUCAUCAUUACCAAGGCAGAAAACUUCAUCACUGUUUUGGAGCCCAACUGCAGUACUACAACGUCAGGUGAGAAAAUUCGUCGCCUUUCUGUUCAAAAUGUCGAAAUCAAUUUGCUAUUAAGAGAUAGGGACUUGAGUCACAUUCGUACCUUGCUAGUGUUUGGGCAGGCAUGUUCCCCUUCUGAUCUUGAAAUGGUACUUAAAACCUCUAAAUUUUUGAGGGUGUUUGAUCUUCAAGGAGUACCUUUGAAGAUUUUUCCCAAAAGUAUAAUUGGUCUCCGCCUUUUGAGGUACUUAUGUCUGAGGCAAACUAAAAUUAGAUCAGUUCCAAAGUCCAUAAAAAAUCUUGCAUUCUUGCAAACUUUAGAUCUGAGGUCCACCAAGGUGACAAAAUUACCAAAAACGAUCUACAAAUUCCAGAAUAUGCGUCAUCUUUUAGCUUAUAGCUGUGAUAUGAAAUCUGGAGUGGCACGAGGAGUGGACGUGUCUGCGGGCAAUAUUGGAUCGUUAUCUUCCAUACAGAAGUUGUUACUAGUCAAGGUGCAAAAAAACAGAAAAGCCAUAAAAGCCUUGAGAGAGUUGAUUGGUCUCCGGAAGUUGGGGCUGGUCGACCUUGGAAGAGAACAUGGAAGAGAAUUGUGUUGUUCCAUUCAAAAGAUGUCAGAGCUUUCAACACUUGAGGUACGAUCAACAAGCGAGGAGGAGUAUCUCGAUUUGGAUCAUAUGAAUUCCCCCCCUGGUCCUCCUCUCUAUCUCCAACGUCUAUCUUUGACAGGGCGCUUAAAAAUUCUACCGCAGUGGAUAGCGCAGCUUCAUAGUCUGAUUAGGAUUGCUUUGAAGGGUUCAAAACUGAAUGCUGGUGCCAACAUUGUUGAGGUCCUUCAAGAUUUGCCUAAUCUGAUGGAACUAGAAUUGGUUGACUCAUUCACUGGGGUAUCUUUGAUAUUCAAAGCUGAAAAGUUCAAGAAACUAAAGGCCUUGCGUAUUGAGAAAUUUGAUCAGCUAGAUUUGAUGGUCGUCGAGGGUGGAGCAAUGCCUCAGCUCAAGAAGUUAACCAUGUCUAAAUGCCAGAAUCUGAAGUUACUUCCAUUUGGCAUUGAUCAUCUAAUCUUCCUCCAAGAACUGCUCUUGAUUGACAUGCACCAUGAAUUCCUUGCUAGGCUACAGAAGGAUAGCGAAGACCGUUACUUGGUUGAGAAUAUUCGAGUUAUCCAUUCCUUCUCUGGGAGCUACCAAUCUUACACUGGAUUCCAAAAUCUCUCUUGAAAGAAACACAAGGCAGCAGUGGAUGGAGGAGUACUGACCCAAGGUCAUGCACAAAAGAUGAAGAGCUCGUUAUCACUUUUCUGUGAUUAAAGCGAAGACGACGUCUCAAGGAUGCGUGGCAGUACUUUUCGGUAUAUUUAUAUAUGUUAUUCGUGCAUUUUUCUCAAGGAUAAGAUAUUUAAGCUAAACUGCUCUCUUUAUAAUUUUAUAUUAACAUAUGUUGUAAAACGAUAGUAAAAGAAUUUGAGAGAGAGAGAGAGAGUUUAGACACAGAGAAUGAAGCAUGAGAAAAUGGA